AUGCAAAAUUUUGUUUUCAAUUCCGACGAAUCUCCCAAUAAAGUUUAAAAUGAUUUUCAACUUGAAGAAAUUGAAGGACUUAACAACUAGGUCAUCAAGGAAGAGCUUCUAAAGCAACAAUAAUAAAAAUUGACUAAGAUUGAUGCAGAACUCGAAAACUAUUUAGGGAAAUUGGAAAAUGCGAAACAUUAGCUUAGAGAUUAAUAAAGAAAUGGCAACAAAAAUAGUACUCAAGCCUAACUUAAAAAGCUGCGAAAUUAGAUCUUAUUCUUCGAGAAUUAAGUUAAGUAGCUGUAAAAUAGGAGAUAAAAAGUUGAUGAUGAGUAUUAGAAAGCCCUAUAACAAGAAGAAAACUUUGACAACCCUGAUCUAUUAGACAAUAUAUUUUCAAAGUAGUAAGAUGCCCAUCAUUCUGAGAAAAGAAUAUAAAAAAGAAGCUUACUAGAGAUAACCAUUGAUGAUGACAAAAAGUUUUACAUCUCUGAAUUGUUCUAUAACUUGUUGUUUAAGCACUAGAUAGAAGCAUUGAAUUGGCUGCUUAGUUAGCAUUCUUUGAAAAAGGGAUCUAUAUUAGCGGAUGAGAUGGGAUUAGGAAAGACUAUAUAGACUAUAGCUCUUAUAACAACGCUUCAAACUACUUACCAUGAAACUUUAGACUCAAAUUAUGAACUACAAAAUUCAAAUAAAAUUGGUCCGAUUCUCAUAGUAUGUCCAGCCACAGUUAUUAAUUAAUGGGUCUAAGAAUUAAAUCUCUGGACUGCUGGAAAUCAGCAUUAAGUUAAAAUCUAUACUUUUAGUGGAGUAAAAGGAACUGAAAUAGAAAAUCUUAAUACUGGCUCUAGAUAAGCAAAGCAAAAGGUACUAAAGGAAGCCAUAAUAAACAAUGGAAUAGUUAUCAUUUCAUAUGAGUUUCUCAGAACUGAGGUUGAGUUAUUUUAAAGAAAACAAUGGUAUUAUAUUAUUCUUGAUGAAGCCUAGAAAAUUAAGAAUAGCUUCUCGUUAACGCAUCAAGCUGCUAUUUCCAUUCAAGCCGAUCAUAAACUAAUACUCUCUGGCACUCCAAUAUAAAAUAAUUUGCAAGAACUUUGGAGUUUGUUCCACUUUGUCUAGCCAGGACUCCUAGGGGAAUUAGAUUACUUCGAGAAUACGUUUUGCAAAGCUAUAAUUUAAGGUGGAUACACAAAUGCUACAAAAGUUCAAUAAGAAACUGCAAGAUAAUGUGUCGAUGAGCUUAGAUUAAUGAUAAGAAGACAUAUUUUGAGAAGAACUAAGAAAUAGUUGAAGUUAGAUUGCAAACUUCCAGACAGAAAUGAAUAUAUAGUUUUUUGCAAUCUGACGAAUGGACAGUUGAAUCUCUAUAUAAAAUACUUAAAAGGAUGUUAAACAAGGAGAAAUAGAUUUGGACAUGGAUUUGAAAAAGGAGCUGGGAGUGAUGAUCUCGCUGUACUAAAUAAUCUGAGAAAGAUUUGCAAUCACCCAUUCAUGUUUUUUGCUUUUCAUGAGGCUGAAAAAGCCGAUAUGAGAGGUUACAAAUUCAAUCAGUAAUAAUUACUUCAUAUUCCAGAGUUUGUAGCAUAUAACAAUGCCAAGAAUAAACUAUAAAAUUACAAAGACAAUAAAGAGGGUAUAAGAUAAAUGGAAUGUGAAAUUGCAUCUUAACAUUGGUAGUUAUCUGGUAAAUUGAGGGUACUAAUGAAUUUUCUAAAGGACUGGUACAAAAAGGAUGUCACUACCAAAGUAUUGAUCUUUAGUUAGACUAAAAAAAUGCUUGAUAUUAUUGAAAAAGUAUCACAAAGGCAAAAUUUUUCGUAUCUUAGAAUGGAUGGUAACAUCAAUCUAAAAUCAAGAAUGGAGUUGAUUGAUAAAUUUAACAAUGAAGAUGCUUAUAUAUUCCUUUUGACAACUAGAGUAGGUGGCUUAGGUAUUAAUCUGACUUCAGCCAAUAAGGUUAUCAUAUUUGAUCCAGAUUGGAAUCCUAUGGUUGACAUUCAAGCUACAGAUCGUGCAUUAAGAAUCGGCUAGAAAAGAGAUGUAACUAUUUAUAGAUUCGUAGUAGAUGAUACUAUUGAAGAAAAGAUAUACCAUCGGUAGAUAUUCAAAAAGUUCAUGGCUGAUAAAAUCUUGUAAGAUCCCUCAAAACAAAAAUUCUUUGAAAGAUCAUAAAUGCAUGAACUAUUUGAAUUACCUAAAAAGACGAUUGAUGAAGACAAGGAAUUAGAUAAUAUCAAUUAGCUAAAAAAGCGUUACUCUACAGCAGAUAGCCAUUAAAGUAUUGAAAAUUUAGAGGAAGAAGUUAAAGGCAAUGAACAUAAGCAUAAAAGACUAAAACAUGAUGCAUAUGAUAAGCAUAAAGUGAUUAAAGAGUAAACUGAAAUCUCAGAUGAAGAUAAAUUAGAAUCAGAUAGCGAUAAAAAAUUAGGUAGAAUUUAUCGUGUUAGCAAAAAAAUCAUUAAGAAAGAUGAAAAGCUCUCAGAAUUCUUUAAAAAGACACAACAAGAGCUAUCAAAGAUUGAUGAUAUAGCUAAGAGAGUAAAAAAAGAUAUAGAGAAUAAUUUAAUAACAUCAAUAUUUAAAAAUGAAGAAGACUAGAAUAAGUGUUAGUAGGAUUUAGAUAGAUUCUCUAACAUAUCAUAACUAAAGAUAAAAAUAGAAGCAAGAUAAGAGGCAUCUAAUCUAUUGUCUAAAUUAGGAGGUUUUAAUGAUUCAUAGAGAGAAUAAGAGAAGAAUCAGCAAUAAAACAAAAUAAUGACUUCAACAUCUAUAAUGGGUAAUCUUAUGAUGAAGAAAAAGCAGCAAGAUGAUCAUGACUUAAAGCAAAAGCAAGUUGAUGAUAUUUUGAGAAUUUAGAAGUAAUAAAACGAUGCUAAAUUAGAUAUGAAUUUUUAGAUUAGAGAUUACUUCAAGUAAAAAUAGAUAUUUGAAACGCCAUCUCGCGAAAUAUUAGAGCAUUUUAAGGAAUAUGUUCAAGGUGAUUAGUUUGAGGAAUUUAGGGAAGGCCUGAAAGAAGUAGCUUUCUUUGAUAAAGAUGAAAAAGUGUGGAUUUUAAGAGAUUGA